GACUUUGUUCAAUGUUAAACCCAGAUUAUGACUAACCCUCUUUUCCAAAAAAUAAAGCCCAUAUUUUCAAAGCCUGAAAAUGCUUCUUUUUUGAGAUUCCAAGUUGAGAUUCGAACUACGAUCGUAUGUCAUCAUUACAUGAAAUGAAACUCCUUUUUUUUGGUCAAUACAUGAAAUGAGAGUAUUAUGUAGCAGUUUUUAAGGAAGCAUUUUUUAAGAAAAAAAAAGACAAAUUUUGAUAAAUAAUUGAUAUACUCUCUUUAACUCUCUUUUGUCUCUAUUCCAAUCCAAUUCUUUCUCUAUAUGAGAGUAAAGAUAUAUCUUCAUAUCAUUCACAUAGUUAACGUUCUCAUCAACGUUUCAUUCAACCUCUGACAACAUUUUGUUGCUUUCUUAUUUCCUUUGGUGGCUUUCACACCGUCGAAAGAAAAAUAAAAUGAAGGGACGUAUGUUUUGCGCUUCGCAAGCAUCGACAGCCAUAUGUUCAAGCAUGGACCACAUUCCAAAACCAACCACCACCACCUUCGUCGUCGACGAUGAAAAACUCAGCGACAGAGUUAUCGACCGCCACAACCCAAUCAUUAAAGAUGGCCGGAGAUCCUCCGUCGACGACUAUAUCAGAAUACCCGCUUCCCCCGCCGACGGAGAGAUUAGUAACAAAACACUAGAGAUCUACAAGGGCAGGAGGAGCGUCACUGCCCGAAAAAGCACCGGCGGUGGUGGUAGCGGAGGUGGAGCCGCGGCGUUGUUGAAGCUCAUUACAAAUGACCUCAGCUUGGCUAGGAAGAGUUUCAGCUGUGUAGCGAGACCCUCAAGUGACUUUGUCAAAACCCCUCCUGGUUCUACUAGGUAUCUUUUGGGAUCCGAACCGGUUUCUCUGACCGGGUCUACGGGUCAGGAUACGGUGGCUCAUAAAUCUCCUGCUGUUGAAGAGAUAAAGCCGUCAAUGGAGGAGAAGACUAGUGGUGGUGGUUCAGACCAGGUCGUUGUUCUCAAAGUGUCUCUCCACUGUAGAGGCUGUGAAGCAAAAGUUAGGAAACAUCUGUCCAGAAUGCAAGGUGUAACAUCAUUCAACAUAGAUUUUGCUGCAAAGAAAGUGACUGUGACCGGUGACAUCACUCCCUUGGGAAUAUUGGAUAGCAUCUCAAAGGUUAAAAAUGCUCAAUUCUGGACAGCUCCAACCCUCCCAACUCCAACACUCCCAAUGCCAAAUCUGAAAACUCCAAAUCCCUAGUUUACUUUUUUACAGUCUUAUCUCUCUCAGUUGUUGUAAAGUCGAUAGUAAAAUUUCAAACUUUACUGCACCUACUUUUCGUUAGAACCGCUUGGCAGGUUUCAUUAUGAGACUACACCUCUGCUUUAUGCAGUCAUCUUAUGAUACUUAAACAUGUCAUUACAUGUUUGCAUUUUUCACAAAUGUUUUUAGUAUUAAUUGAUAGGUACUAUGUAACUUU